UGGCCUUCCGAGCAAAGACACCUCCCGCAACUCGGAAUUUUCGCGGGCUCCCAUGGCGGCGGCGCAGCCAAGCAGCCAGGUGAGUAGCGCGAGGCGAGGCGCGCAGCUUUGAGCUUGGCGCACAUGGCUUGGGAGGCCAUGGAAGUGAGGGAGCUGCGAUGUGUUCUGCCCGCCUCCGUGGCCGAGAGCCUGAACGAGUCUGAAGACGCGUGGCUCCCCCAGAUCCGCGGCCUGGACGUGGCUUCCGCCCGAGUGAGGCUGGGUGGCUGUCUCCGCGUCCGCGUGCAGGCCACCACCGGAACCGCCAAAAAGGCGCAGAGCGCAGUGUACAGAUGCUGGCUGCCCUUCUGCCCCAUCGAGCUGCACGUCUUGCUGGACGCGGCCCUGGCCGAGGGCGACGCCGAAGAGGAGAACCUCUUACAGCUGAGCCCGCCCGCCUUGCGUGCCAGGCAGGUGGAGCGCUGGGACUUGCAGGCGGAUGCACGCAGGUCCAGCGUCGCGACGCUGUACUGCGCGCUAUCCAUCCGCCUGCACGCCAGAGGCUUCCUGGCCACGCUGCUUUGGCCCUUGGCCUCGCGUUAUUCGAGCCGAAUUGCGCGAGCUGGCGCCGAGAAAGCGCUGAAGCUGCUGAAGAGACACCUGCAGGUGGCGGUGAAGCGGGCGAUCCUGGAGCGGCCUGAAGAUGUGCCAGCGCCUAUAGGCCGCCAGCCCAGCCGCGAGGCGGCCUCUUGGGUCCCCUGGACCCCGGUUCCGUCGCCGGACCGAUCCGCGGAUCGAUCCGCGGAAGUGCGAGGGCCGGAGCCUGCAGUUUCAGGUGACGGUGGCUUGACCAUCGCCACUGAGCCGAGCGACACGCUGGAGGAGAUGCUGGUGCAGCCAUCGCUGGCCAAGGGGAUGCCCUUCCACAACGGCUUCCUCUACAAACUCGGCGACGGACUUCUGAACAAAGAGUGGAACCUGCGGUACUUUCUGCUGAUAGGUCAAACGCUGCAGUACUACCGGUCCCAGCACGAAGCACGGCCUCGGGACGCCAUCAACCUGAGCGGCGUCACGGUGGAGUGGCUGAGGGACCAGAGCCGGCCCUUCACCUUCGCAGUCUCCAAGAGCGGCCAGCGCUCCUUCUGCCUCUCCGGCACCACUGAAAAGGAGGCCUGCGAGUGGGUGGAGCGCAUCCAGGCCGCCGGCCGGAUCGUGGCAGAGAGAGCCCAAAGCACCCCAACCAGCAGGCGCCAGCUGCCAACUUCAACCAGCGAGCCCCCGGAGCCGGCGUUGCCGGGGAGCCCUUGGCAGGAGGCGAAGCUCAAGACCUGCGCCCAGGCGCUGGAGCGGGCCAUGUCCGGCAAGGGUUUCCGCUUGCGAGAGCUGCGUCAGGGCCUGCGGAUCCUGGAGCCAGGGCCGCUUGGCGCGCGAAGAUCGCGGAAGAUCGCGGAAGCGCGAGGCGAGACCGGCGGCUUUGGGCCCUGGGCCUUGCUGCUGCCGAUCCUCAUACCUUUGGCUGCGCUGUGGCUCGACGCUUUCUGGCUAGUGCUGGCGCUGGGCCUCGUCGCCGUGAGUCUCCUUCCGGCGCCAGGACCGCCUCUGGUGCUGGCGGUGGCCCGGAUGGACCGCCCCGCGGAGGAGGUCCGGGAGGCUCUGACGGAGGUUUGGCGGCAACACGAGUGGCUCCCGGGCCAUGUGGACGCGUGCCCAGUGUCGUUAAUGCCGGGCCGGGACGAGGUGCUGCAUCUGCGGUUCGGCACGCUGCCAGGACACCAUUUCAGCCGCCUUGUUCGGAGGAGGUGGGUUCGGGAGGCCGGCUCCACUUCCGCGCAGUUCCUGGUGUGCGCGGAGGAGCCGGGGGGCGCCGGUUCGCAGGGCUUUGAAGGCAUCGCUGUGCAGCCGGAGGAUGGGGCUUGCGUGGUGCUGUGGCUGUGCGCCUGGGACUUGGCUUCCUGGGCGCCGCGCCAGGUGCGUGAAGAAUUGGCGGUGCGGCGUGUCACCGCCCUGGCUGGCCUGCGUGAGUGGAUGGCUUGCAGGAGCUGCGGACCAAAGACGUCCGAGAGGCAGCUGGAGCGGAAGAUCAGCGGCGUGUCUCAGGCCGGCGCAAUGCUCAAAGACAGCUUGCAGCUACAGGCCCUCCAGUCGUUGCUGAAACCCUUCCGCCGUUCCCACGCAGGUGCGUUGCACGCCACUGACUUGGACCGCGCCGCCCUGGCCGCAGAACUGUGGCUGGAGCUGGCGUGGCAAGCCUUGCGCGGCGGGCGCGAGGUGGCCGUGUCCGCGAGGCCACAUGGACUGCUGCUGCAGGCCAGCGACUUCUACCGCUUCGCGGCGCGCUGGGGCUACACGUCCCUCCUCAACAGCGGCGAGGAGCGGCUGGUGAUGACGGUAGCCUUCAUGGUUGCGGGCCUUCAUUUGGCGGCCGCUGGCUUUCCUCACCCCAGCUCCUGCUGGGACAGCUCCAUCUACGGCAGGCAGACGGUGCUGCUCGAGGACUGCCAGGCGCAUAUCGACGUGGGGCACAAGCGGAGCAGCUUUGAGGUGACUGGGCGUGGCUUCCGCAUCCAUGGCACUGAGGAGGUGACUUGCCGGCUGCGGCUGCCCGGAAGCUUCUGCUUCGCCGACCGCGGCUGGACCACGGUGGAGUUCUCGGAGCCGGCAGGGAGUGUGCGCUUUACAAUGCCGGAGCUUUGCGUGGGGCCGAGUGGCUACACCUUCGGCGCCGGCUCCGUCUUCCGGUGGCAGGGCACCUCCACCUUCACUGCCGAUGAUGGCACGCAGUGCGUGCUGCACUUCGGAAAGGCCGGCAAGGACGACGUGCAGGGCGUGGUGCGCGACCGCGCGGGUGCGGAGGCCCGGCAGAUCUGGGGCCGCUGGCUUGGGCCGCUGCACUGCGAUGACGAGGUCAUCUGGCGUGGACCCGGCUGAGGGGCCGUGAGGCCGGUUUAAGGAUGUGUGGGCCCACCUUCUGCCGGCACUGUGCUCCCAAUUGUGGGGCGGGGUGUUUCCAACAAAUUGGGGACCUUCGCUGAGUUCCUG